GCUCAGGGGAUAACAGAGUAAUCGAUGAGAAGUUGAAAGUCCAGUUUCGGUUAAAUUUUGUCCCGUGAUUUUGCCCAGUUUUGUGCCGUAGUCGCACGGUAGCAAACGCGGGAUGGGUACCGACUUAACUUUCUGUUCUCGUCGGUCCCCCGUGGUGUGUUUACACGGCUGUGCGGCGUCCAGCCAGCCGUUAGCCUCCAGCAUAGGACUAGAUGUCCUGAAGCGUGGGGGUAACGCUGCAGAUGCUGCAGUUGCCAUAGCAGCAGCUCUGGCAGUAACAGAGCCGUGUAGCACUGGUCUCGGUGGUGACGCCUUCUGCCUGUUCUACAACGGAAACACUGGAGAGAUCAGAGGGAUUAAUGGCAGUGGUCGUUCAGCCCGAGCCCAGAGCCUGGACUUCCUGGAAGGACGUGGUUUCACUGCAGAGGCCCCUCCGUCAGUCUUUGAUGCUUUGAAUGUUACAGUACCCGGGGCCCCUGCAUGCUGGUGUGAUACCAUACAGCUGUUUGGAAGUCACAAGCUGUCUUUGCAGGAGGUCCUGAGUGGGGCAGUGGAACUUGCAGCGGUAGGGUUUCCUGUUGCUGAGGUAACAGCCCACCACUGGGCGAACUGGGUUUCUACUCUGAGAGAUGCGGGGAAGGAACUAGGUGGUGACUUGCUGAUUGACGGUGAAGCGCCCAAAUGCGGACAAGUAUUCAAAAACACUGCCCUGGCUCGAACCCUGAAGGAGCUUGGUGAGCGUGGCAAACCAGCUUUCUACCAGGGCAGGGUGGCCCGAGCUAUUGUUGACGUUAUCGGUCAGAAUGGAGGAGUCAUGACCUUGGGUGACCUCGGCAGCCAUGACAGCGAGGUCGUUACCCCCCUAAGCACAGAGUACAAGGGUGUGCGUCUGUGGGAGCUUCCUCCUAACAGUCAGGGACUGGCUGCUCUGCUGCUGCUCAACAUCCUGGAGGACUUUCCUCAACUCAGAGCUGCAGGCCAUAACAGCGCCGACUAUAUCCAUGUAUUGGUGGAAGCUGUACGUUUGGCAUUAACAGAUGCCCAGCAUUACCUUGGCGACCCAGACCAUGUGACCAUCCCUGUGGAAACCCUACUGGACAAGAGCUACAGCCAUAAGCGAGCGCAGCACAUCAGCAUGGACAGGGCCAUGGAGCGCGUGGAGCCUGGUCCGACGACGGGAAGCGACACCGUCUAUUUCUGUGUCAUUGACGCCCAGGGAAACGCAUGUUCCUUUGUCAACAGCACUUACAUGGGGUUUGGGACUGGGCUGGUCCCUAAGGACUGUGGAUUCUCACUACAGAACCGUGGUGCCAACUUUUCCCUGCGUCGCGACCACAUCAACUGUGUCGCUGGGGGGAAGCGGCCGUAUCACACCAUCAUACCUGCACUCCUCACUGAGUCUCCAAGCAAAGGACAAAAAACGCGGCUCCUCGCUGCACUCGGAGUGAUGGGGGCUUUUAUGCAACCGCAAGGUCACAUCCAGGUGUUGCUGAACAUGGUGGAGUUUGGGAUGAAUCCUCAACAAGCUCUGGAUGCACCGAGAGUCUACGCACAUUAUGAUCACAAAACUGAUCAGUGGCUGGUUAAUUUGGAGGAGGGGAUCAAACCGGAGGUCGCGGAGGAACUCAGAAGACGAGGCCAUAAAGUCAACGGGCCAGUCACAGGCCACAAGAGGUCACUGUUUGGGCGGGGGCAGAUCAUCACUGUGGGGGACUGGUGGAAUCCGACUGUCACUCAAGCCGAUGGCUCGUCCAGGGUGCUGUGGGCGGGAUCAGACCCCCGGGGGGAUGGAUGCGCUCAGGGAUAUUAGAUAAACCUGAUUAACUUUUUUUCUACUUCUCAGUGAAAGUAAUGAUCACGUUUAUUAAUCUGAAACCUAUUUUUAAGAGACAUUUCUGUCAAUGAAAGCUCAGGAUCAACUGUGAUAUAUAUAUUAUUUUUAGAAUGUCAGCAUUAUUGUGCAGAACUCUGUAGAAUAAUUAUUAGACCAAAUGGUUUUAAUGUCGGUUAAUAUUUAACAAGUGCAGCUUUACCGCCCAUUUAAGCCUGUGUGUUUUAGCACCUACUUUGCACCUGAUGCUUUGCAUCGUGAAGUGCCUUGUUUGAUCAUGUUCCUGUAUCAGUUAAAACAUACAUGUAUUUACGGUUUGUACUCUGGGGGCAAACAGCAGACCAUGAACAGUGCAUUAGUUCAAUAUGAAGUAAAAUAUGUUAAUUGUGCUCAGUUUUUGUAGAAAAAUUAUACAAAUUGAGCUGCCGGUACUACGGACCAUUUUAUGCCAAUUCAUUGUCUGUUUUCUGUUAAAGCCGGAGCAACAAACUGGAAGAUAAACCUCUGUGUUGCAUUACUGCCGUACCGAAGAUCAUUCCUCCACUCUGUGUGUUGGUUGACUUAAUUAUCCGUUUCACUGUCAGUAAUUAGCUGCUGCUGAUUCAAUUUUACAGUAGUGAUGUAAAGUGAAUCAAUGACAAUUUCCUGAAUUUACACAUAUCUUUGUUGUUGUUAUUGGAUUAAUGGUUAAUUUAUUCACAUUUAUUUCAUGCACUGAUUUAGAAACUGAUUAACUGAUUAUUUUAAAUUCUCAAGUUUUUGUGAUUGUAAAUAAUUUCAGAAAUGUUGUAACUCUGAUUUUUUUAAAAAAAAAUUAAAUAAAUACAAUGUAUGCAAUACCACUGAAAAGUAAAGUCACACAUUAGUGAAUUAUUUGCAGCUCUCAGGUAAUUGUAUAAGUAAUGUGUGUGUGUUUUCUUUUACACAUUGUGUUUGUACAUUUUUGACAGCAGGGCAUAGUGGAGGUGUUGAUUUGUUUGUCUCAGAAAGGACACAUGUGGAUAUUCAGAAUCCAUUUAUCCCACGUUUUGCUACAUUGCUGUAAA